UUAGUGGGCUAUUUGUUCGGCCGUUUUUCAGUAUUUUGGCAGAUUUUUUUUUUCGGUAAAGUUGGAAAAAAAAACGGCCGAUUUUUUUCGAUCGGCCGAUUUUCGCGGCAAUGAUAGGCAAAUCGGCCGAUUUUUUACCGAUAAAAAAUCUGCGCAUGAGCAGUGACCUGCAAGAGGAAGACAAAAAGAAGAAAAAGAAGAAGAAGAAGGGAUGAUGAUGAAGAAGAAGAAGAGGAUGAUGAUGAAGAAGAAGAGGAAGAGGAUGAUGAAGAAGAGGAUGAUGAUGAUGAUGAAGAAGAAGAGGAUGAUGAUGAUGAUGAAGAAGAAGAGGAUGAUGAUGAGUGAAGAAGAAGAAGAGGCUGAUGAUGGUGAAGAAGAAGAAGAGGAUGAUGAUGAAGAAGAAGAAGAGGAUGAUGAUGAAGAAAGAAGAAGAAGAAGAAGAGGGUGAUGAUGAAGAAGAAGAAGAUGAUGAUGAUGAUGAAGAAGAAGAAGAGGAUGAUGAUGAAGAAGAGGAUGACGAUGAUGAAGAAGAAGAGGAUGAUGAAGAAGAAGAAGAAGAAGAGAGGAUGAUGAUGAAGAAGAAGAAAAAGA